AUGCAUCUAAUGAACACAUUGAUUGUGGCCUUCAACGAUAGAUUGACCAGACUAUUACCGUUGAUGGAUGACUAUAACGUUCUAUACAGAUAUUUCCAACUGUACAAGAUCGACGUUAGCAGUGAGCAGACUCUGUUUUUGAGGAUUUUGAAUCGACCAGAAAUUUCAGUAAAUGUGGGAAGAGAGUCUACCACAAGAUUAAGGCCUCUCAGGCUUCGAUCGUUGAAUGUGGGAGGUUUGGGUCGAUCGACGCAAGAGGCGAUAGUACCAUCUGUGAAUUCUGUUCCUGAACUUAACCAGCUUCCCCCGGAUUCCCUUACACUAUUUAAGCAGCUUCGGCUGAUACGAAAGAUGUAUAUAUGUUGCAUUUUAACUCUUCUGGGCACGGGCAAGGUGCGAGCUGACGACGAGGAGGAAGAGGAAGUCGAAACGUCGGCGUCGUUUUUGAAUUUUCUAAAAGGGAGGUUUAACGUCUCAGAAAAAUAUUUUAAGCACGUGACCCGAGCCACGCGACUUUUUCUCUGUAUGAAGAUGAUGGAGCAUAUGGCAGAGUUAGUGAAGAUUUUAGAGGGGGAAGUUGAAGAAGAUGAAGUAAUAAACGGUGUAGAUAACUUGGAUGAAGUCGGGGAAGAUUAUAGUAUUGCGGAAGAGAGCGAGAAUGAGGAUUUAAGCGAGUUGGUGCAACUAAUGGACAGUUUGAGCUACAAGUUAGGCAUUUUGGAGCAGAAUUCGAACACUAUAAGCGUUUCGAAGGAGCUGAAAGGACUCAGGAGUGAAUUUCAGAGGCUGUACGAUUUAUAUGAAGAGAGUAGUGGAGAUAAUUGGAGAGAAGGGAUAAAGAAGAGACGCUCUGACGAAAUCAGUGACUUUAGAAUUGGCCAUAAAAGUGACCAUAGAAAAAGCAGUGGUCUCAGCUUUGGUUUGUUGACAGUUGUUGAUAAGGAAAACUGCAAUAGUGAUGAGGAGGAAAUUGAAGGAGGACGGCAGGAAGCUAAAAACAAACUCUACGGGAUGAGAGACAUCCACUAA